AUGGAUUUCUCCAAGCACAGAAAACCGUCCCUGCCUCGGCUGGCCACCAACCUGACUUCCACCGGGCGUUCACGCUCCACUGCAUCGUUACCUGUCUUGGUCUCCAAGCCACUGCAGAACAUAAACGUGGAGAAACCCACUCUUCAGCCUACUUUGUUUCCUGAAAACAACGAAGAUGACGAGAACGCUCCCCCCACCGUGCACUAUGCCCCGGCUGACUCUCGGACGCUCUACGUGACCCAGAAGAGUGCCGAGAACGAGCCCGUCGUUUCUCAGCUGAAAACUCUCUACUACGAGGACGCAUUCACCACGCGAGGCUCGCACAAUUCUCCCAAAGAGCGGGUUGGUCAAGACUCGGUGGUCGUUGCAGAGCUGAAAACCAACUGGAAAGCUGCAGAUGACAGCCCCAAGGAUGGCGCCACCAAGCUGGUUGAGGAUCUCGCCCUGCAUCUUGCCCAAGUCUACCAGAGGCCUGAAAGCUCGAUGAUGGUAACGAUCCAGCAGGACGUCUGCCUUCUCUUUGGCAAUGCAUCAGUGCCAGCCUACCUGCUGAAGAUCUACGCUCUGCCACACCUGAUUGCGCCAACAAUCAAUCUCCGCAACACCGCUCUCAUCCAGAAUGCCCUUCUGGAACUACUGGGUGCGGCACCGGACCAGGGCGUGAUCAUCUACCUCCCGAUCCAGGAAGACAAUCUUGCAACGAAUGGAGUGACGGCGCACGGAGAGAUCACUCGUCUGCAACGCCUUUCUCAGGAUGAAAACCCUGGUCUCUUUAGGACUCUGUCGCGAUCCAUGAGCCGUCGUUUGAAGUCGGGCAGCGGCCACAGUCAACCAACUCUCAUCAUCCCUGCUGUUCAGAGCCCUGUCUCGCCCGCUGUGCCCGAGAUCUUACCAGAUCCUAUCUCUGCUGCAGAAGAGGUAAAGUUGAUCGUGUUGCCCAAAGACCAGCAUUCUCCCCGUGGCCGAAAACGAGAUAGCGUCAGGGACAAAGUUUUUAAUCGUCUGCGUUUCCAUGAUUAUCUGUCGUCCCAGGUGAAGGAGAAGGCAGCUGAACUUGAAGGCGAAGAGUGA